AUGUCUUCUUUUUAUAAUGAUGGGUGGAUCAAUAGCUCUCCAAAGAUCCUCUAUUCUCCGGACGACUCAGGUUAUGACAGUUCAUCUCCCAGACGAAGGCUAAGUAUAUUAAGUGACACUCAUUCGACUCAUGACCCUCUCCUGCCAAGGUUCCGAGAUGAAAAUGGGAAAGAAUGGAAAACGAGUCUUUCCAUGCGGAUCAAAAAUGUGAUCAAUGGAGUUCCUAUUGACCAAAAUCUGUCAAACAUUGCUCCAAAUAGUCUUCGGUUUGAUGGAUCAUCAGAUAGCCCCAAAAUUCCAACUACUUCAUCCUCUUCGACAGCACCUCGACCCAAUACCAAGUCUAGACCAGCUCUUUCGAACACGCUCCGGGCUCGAACGUCAGUUGACUCGACCCCAACUAGAAAGUCUGCUAGCUCCUUGCAUUCUCCAGAUCGAUUUCUUCCUGUUCUGAAAAGAUCUGAUUCCGCGACACAAAGCUUUCGUGCUAAUAAAGAUCCUGGAAGUCUCUCGCCUUAUGAAAGAUUAAUGAGACAUAGCAGUGCAAGCCUUGAUGCUUUCAACCCACGUCGACGUGCUACAUCGCCAAUUCCCCUAGCUUCUCGACCUGAUUCCAGAAGAAUUGUUUCUGCAAAUCGCGGCAGAGGUGCUACUGCCCUUAUUUUUCAGAGAAGUGCUCCAACAACACCCUUUGGGGAGAGGCAGGUCAGUGUAGGAACCGUAUGGGCCGUCGGAGGAGUGGCUCCUGUGAGCGCUGGCAUCUCAGACGGGCGUGGCGGUAUGCUUGGCAGUGGGACUAAUGCACCGUUAUAUACAACAUCCUUCUCCGCUUCACGUCCAAAAGCACAAGAAGACUUUGAAAAGCAUGAAGACAGGCUGGCGCAAGCAUUAGACAUUGACCGUACACAACGCGUUUUUGAAUUUCGAGACCCAUUAGCCACACCACCCAUCACUCCACUUGAUUCUAGGUCUAAGAGGCAUAUCUUUGACACCAAGACUACAUGGAAUGGAACAGAGUGGGUGCUUGGUGGACCGGAACAAAUUUUAGAUGCACCAAAUUUACGAGAUGACUUUUAUUGCUCGGUUCUCGCAUACUCUGGAACGAGUCAUACACUGGCUGUCGGUCUGGGCUCAUUGCUUUAUGCAUGGUCCGAAAUGGCAGGAGUUCAUUUACUUCAUGGCGGAACUUCAAAUGCUUCUUGGUUGACAUCGCUGGCAUUUUCAUCUACACAAGGAGCCAAGUCAAUACUUGCCUUUGGCAGGUCUGAUGGAUCUCUGAGUUUGUUGUCACUUUAUGACAGUCUAUUGCCUAGAUUCGAAGUCCAACAGCCCUGUCCUAUAGCUUGCGUCACUUGGAGACCUUCGAUAACAAUGCGACCUUCGCGAAAUCCACUUGCCCCGGACAUUAUGGUGAAGACAGAAGAUCUGAUUGUCGGAGAUGAACAAGGAAAUAUAUAUUAUUAUGUCGUUGAAUGGCCUGAUGCAUGGGAAAUAACUCGCGAUGGCUGGUCUGGCUCUAUGACACUCAUUGCCAAGAUCUCUAUUCACACCCAACAAAUAUGUGGUCUCUCAUUUUCCACAGAUGGCUCAUCAUUCGCAACUGGAGGUAAUGAUAAUCUUUGUUGUCUUUUCCGUACAAAUGAAGUCACCCGGCCUUCUCGUGGUCAACUAGGCACCGCAGAAGAAGUGUUUCUUGCCACAGCAGGUAUGCGUCGCAUACAUAGCGUAGCGGGUCAAAGUCGUGUUAAGGAAAUCAUUUCCGGGGCCGAGAAACAUCGUUGGGUUCAUGGAGCGGCUGUCAAGGCAAUUGCAUUUUGCCCUUGGAGAGAUGGCCUAAUCGCAACCGGCGGUGGAAGUAACGAUAAAUGCAUCCACUUCUUUCACACAUCUUCCGGAGCCUGCCUAGCUACUAUUAGCGUAGCAGCUCAAGUUACUUCUCUUAUUUGGUCCACUACUCGUCGUGAAAUCGCAGCCACGUUCGGGUACGCGCAACCUGAACAUCCAUACCGAAUCGCCGUUUUUAGUUGGCCAGACUGUAAGCAAGUAGCUGCUAUUCCAUGGGAAGGCGAGCAUCGAGCACUAUUUGCGAUUCCAUAUCCAGGUGGCCCGAAUGAAAGCCAUAGUAGUAGGGAGGGGGGAAGGGCCUUGACAAGAACGGCCCAAGAGGGUUGCUUGGUCGUGGCUAGUAGUGAUGAGAGUGUUAAGUUUCAUGAGGUGUGGACAAGUAGUAUGAAGGCUACUAGUGGAGGUGAGGGCUUACUAGGUGGAAGUGAUAUUUUGGAGGGCUUGGAGGGGAUUGACAAGGAGGGCGCUGUUAUCAGAUAA